GGAGAGGACCUGCUGUUCGUUCCCAAACCACCUCUCCUCCCUCAGUACCUCACCAUCUCUACAGGACUCUUCCUCCAUCUACUAGAACAGAUCAUGGCAGUGUGGAUCCAGGCUGGUACUCUGUUGGUUCUGCUGGCUCUCACCACAACGGGAGCCAAUGCUGCCGCACCUCAACAUCUGUGCGGGUCUCACUUGGUCGAUGCCCUCUACCUGGUCUGUGGCCCGUCCGGCUUCUUCUACAACCCCAAGAGAGAGUUGAACCCACUGCAGGAGUUCCUUUCCCCCAAGUCUGCUCAGGAUGGUGAGCUGGCUGAAUACCCAUAUAAAGAGCACACUGAGCUGAUGGUGAAGAGAGGCAUUGUGGAGCAGUGCUGCCACAAACCCUGCAGCAUCUUCGACCUGCAGAACUACUGCAACUAAAUCACCGGCUGCGCCACUUCUGACUACGCCACCGCAAUAGACUACCCCAUCAGACCAGAGCUGUUGCUACAAAUGGAAAAAAAAAGAUGGUCUGGCAUGAUAACCUGUAUUUUUCCUAGAAAAUAAAAGUUUCAUCAAAUGAAA